GACUAGGAGUUUGCCAUCGCCUCGGCUCGCUCCACGCACGCAAACCGGGUCUUAGAUUCAAGCGGUACACGUUGCCAUAAUUUAAGACGCGCAUUACGCCAUUAUGCAGAUGCCCAGGGUGUUUAUUAUAAGGAGCAUGUAGUCUUAAAAUGCCAGUACACCUUCCUGAUUUGAGAGUAAUCAAAGUGAAUCGAUUUGGAGGCUCGCGUCAGGGACGUUUGGCACCGCUGUCAUAGUGAUGAUGGCCCAGUAAGACUUUUUAGUUUUUUAUUCUGGAAACCACUUGCAGCGGAUGGGUGGUCAGUCAGUGCUCUUUUGCACUCUAUAAACUUGCAUGGCAGUUUUUCAGGAAAUAUAGUUCUUUAUUCGCGGGCUUUCAUUAUCAUUCAUUUUUGUUCCUCUCUGAUGCUUACUUGACACGAUGCGCACUGGAAAAGCAGUAGCGGCGGCAGCAGCAGCAGCGACUCCAGUCGAGUAUGUACUCACGCUCCAAGCUUAAAGCCCAGCGACAGGAAGCGUCAGUCCUCUCCAUGUAUGGGCAAAGCCACGCCCACGUGCGCGUCAUCCUCUGACAGCGUGGAUCCCGUGGGUCUGGAGUUUUUGGCUCCCGGGAAAGGUUCCAGUCCUGGGGGAUAGAGGGUUGAGUUUUGUAUGCUUCCAUCCAUUCUGCAAAGACGCGCUAAAGGCCCCUCAUCAUCCUCUCCCGUGUCCGGGAACACCUCCACGGUGAUCAUUUACGCGUUUAUUUGUCUUUUGGAGCCAGAAGUGGUGGAUUCAGCAGUGUCCCGAAGCCUUUUUUUGAUGCUGUUGUUAUAGGAUGCCACCAAGCUAAGAGCAUCACCAUCAUCAUCAUCAUCAUUAACAACAAAAACAACAACAGAAAGUUGCAAGAAAUGUUUAACUGAAUUAAAACGAGUCUAAUAUCCCUGCUAUUUGCGCGACUUGUUUCGCUUCUUCCACGGGAGGAUCUCCAUCUAUCCAAACAAGCUGCUUGGAGAGGCUUGAGAAUCUUUACGCACUGAAUCGUUCAUGUGGUGCCAACGCAGGACGGACUGAAGAAGGAGUCGGGACUGCUUUUUCUUUUCUUCUUCUUCUCUUUUCGACAAAUCCCAAACAAACUCUCACGGCUAUCCGAAGGGGCUCUUGGAGAGACGACGCGCCCUCGCUCACACUCUCAUUUCAUCUCUUUGGCUGGAAGUGGGUUGCACGCGAACUGUUUUAAUGUUUGGGAUUCAGGAAAAUAUACCAAGAGGGGGGACCACUAUGAAAGAGGAACCGCUGGGCAGUGGCAUGAAUCCGGUCCGAUCGUGGAUGCACACGGCUGGGGUGGUGGAUGCGAACACGGCCGCCCAGAGUGGAGUUGGUCUGGCACGGGCGCACUAUGAGAAACAACCGCCAUCCAACCUCAGAAAAUCCAAUUUUUUCCACUUCGUCCUGGCGCUUUAUGACAGACAGGGACAGCCAGUGGAGAUCGAAAGGACAGUUUUUGUGGACUUUGUGGAAAAGGAUAAAGAACCUAACAGUGAAAAAACUAACAAUGGGAUACAUUACAAAAUACAACUAUUGUACAGCAACGGCGUCAGAACAGAACAGGAUCUUUAUGUUCGGUUAAUCGAUUCCAUGACAAAACAGGCUAUUAUUUAUGAAGGUCAAGAUAAAAACCCAGAAAUGUGCCGAGUUCUUCUCACACACGAAAUUAUGUGCAGUCGGUGUUGUGACAAAAAAAGCUGCGGAAACAGGAACGAAACGCCCUCAGACCCCGUGAUCAUCGACAGAUUCUUUUUGAAAUUCUUCCUCAAGUGUAAUCAGAACUGCCUGAAGAAUGCAGGAAACCCACGGGACAUGCGCAGAUUCCAGGUCGUUGUAUCGACAACGGUCAAUGUGGAUGGUCAUGUGUUGGCCGUGUCGGACAACAUGUUCGUCCACAACAACUCAAAACAUGGCAGAAGAGCCCGCCGCCUUGACCCCUCAGAAGGUACGGCCACUCCUUAUCUGGAGAAUGCAGCUACCCCGUGCAUAAAGGCCAUUAGCCCCAGUGAAGGCUGGACCACUGGAGGAGCCACGGUCAUCAUCAUUGGCGAUAAUUUCUUCGAUGGACUACAGGUCGUGUUUGGCACCAUGCUAGUAUGGAGUGAGCUCAUUACGCCCCAUGCCAUCCGAGUGCAGACCCCUCCAAGACACAUCCCGGGCGUCGUAGAGGUCACCUUGUCCUACAAGUCCAAGCAGUUCUGCAAAGGUGCACCGGGGCGAUUUGUGUAUACAGCUUUGAAUGAACCAACUAUUGACUACGGCUUCCAGAGACUGCAGAAGGUCAUUCCCAGACAUCCAGGUGAUCCGGAGAGGUUGCCCAAGGAGGUGUUGCUAAAGAGAGCGGCUGACCUUGUGGAAGCGCUGUACGGGAUGCCACACAACAACCAGGAGAUCAUCCUGAAGAGGGCCGCAGAUAUUGCAGAGGCUCUGUACAGCGUCCCACGUAACCACAACCAGAUCCCGUCCCUUGCCAACACGGCUUCUCACGGUGGAAUGAUGGGAGUCAACUCUUUCGGCGGUCAGCUCGCCGUCAACGUCUCAGAGACCUCACAAGGUCAGGACAGGGAAAAAUCACACUGGAAUACAUGCUGGGACGCUGAAUAUCCUCCUUACAUACAUGGAGUGGGCUACAGUCGCAACACGAGCAGUGUGUCGCCUCGUGGUUACGUGCCCAGCAGCACCCCACAGCAGUCCAACUACAACACCGUCAGCAACAGCAUGAAUGGUUAUGGCAACACGGGAAUGCCCAACCUGGGUGUGCCCAGCUCACCGGGCUUCUUGAACGGCUCCUCGGCAAACUCUCCCUACGGCAUAGUUCCGUCGAGCCCUACCAUGGCAGCCUCUUCGGUCAGCCUCUCUUCAAACUGUAGCAGUACACACGGCAUUUUCUCAUUCUCACCUGCCAAUGUCAUCUCUGCAGUGAAACAAAAAAGCGCCUUUGCUCCAGUUGUCAGGCCCCAAGCAUCUCCACCUCCUUCUUGCACCAGUGCAAAUGGCAAUGGACUUCAAGCUAUGUCCGGACUGGUGGUCCCACCCAUGUAAAUUGCACUCCCUUCCCUUGUAAAGCAGCCGUCUCCUCACCAGGAUGAAGCAUAGUACGUUAUGCGGAGAAUCCUCCUCAAAGUCGUCAUUCGUCAUGAAGUUAAUCAGCAGCUAAUUCUGUUAUUCAGAGGAAAAAGACACUUUGCUUCAAAGAGUUUAUUCGAAAUUGACAUGCAAGCGACUUCACAGUUUAUUGACUGAAUCUUGUCAUAUUUUCACGAUCUCGAAGGGGGAAAAAAGAACAAAACGUACCUAUUUUGUAUAAACAUUUCUGGUUUAAUCUUGGCUGUGUCUAGUUCUUGCUAUGUGUGGGAAGAAACAUUGUGGAUAUGCCAUUUGAUGAAAACACUGAUAAAAAAAAAUAAAAAUGUGUAAGAAUGUUUCUCUUUCACCGAUGUGCUGCCGCUGCACAUCUUCAUAAUGUGAAUUCAUUUUCCUUUUUUAUUAUGAUUUUUUGUUUAUCGGUUUGCUUGUGUUUUUUUUAUUUUAUUUUUUUUUAUUGUGGUAAUAAAAAGGGGGCCAAUAUAUACAGAGCCAAUAAACUGGAAAUAAUAUAAGAUAUAUGAUUUAUAAAUCAAAAAGAAAGGCAAGGAAGAGCGAACGGUGCGAGGAACCGGCAGAGGAGAUCUUAUCGUUCAGUUCGUUCGGUGGAAAUGAACUUUGUAACUUAUUGUAGGUAGAAGUUGUAACUUUGAUAUUGCAAAACAAUUCUUAUCUUGCCCUCAACAAGCACACUAACAGAGAUGAAGCGCUACUGUCUGUUGGUUAAAAAAAAAAGAAAAAAAAAAGAAAGAAAAUAUUUCCACUGCUAAAGCUUCCUGUAAAGCGAGUGUGAUCUGCAAUGUUUUUCAACUUUUUGCUAGCACUGUAUACUAUUGCAUUCUUAGGCUACUGUGAAGUCUGUUUCUUGUACCAGAAAGUUGUCCUUAUACCUCUAGCUCCUUACUCCCUAAUGUGUUUUGUAUGUGGUUAUACAAUUGUAGACUUUUGUGAUUUUGCCAAAGUUGUAGCUAAAUAUUUAUACACUUGUCUUGAAUUUUCCAGAUUCACUUAAAUAUUUAGUACAGAGUUUUAUUCCUACAGUUAGGAGUAAAAUUGUCUUAUACAUUGCAACACUUUCACACACACAUUUGCGGUCACUAAGGGAAUUUUUUGUAACAUAUCGAUUAUAAAUAUUGUAUUUAUCUUUGAAAUUUUGUAUAUUGCUUUCCAUCAUUUUCUUUGAUCUCACGUGCAUUGUUUUCCACGGUCGAAAUCACGAUGAAGGUUUAGCCAAGAAUCAUCGCCUGCAUUCGAUGAUUUGUACCGAUAGAUUGUAUCGUCCGCGCAUUUCAUUUGUAAUUCAGACUUUUUUUAUGCCAUCAGACCUGUCCAUUUUUGUUUGUUUGUUUGUUUGUUUAUUUGCUAUUUCGAGGAGCAGUCAAAUCCAUUGUUUAUUUUUAUAUUAAUUUUUAAGUUAUCAAAAAAGUACUUUUUUGAAAGAAAACUGUUUGUUGUAUAGUCAAAUAAAUUGUUUGUGUCACCUGGCUGUAAUAAUAUUAGUAGAUAAAGUGCAUGUCAAGCCACCCCAGGGGGGGAAAAAUCCAAUUGUGGUUGUAAAUUUUGUUUUUGUAGAAUGUAAAAAGUCAUUUUUACCUGCCACCAUGACUUUGCCACAUAACUGAACCAUGUUUACAGGGAUCAAGAAGGAAAAAAAAAAAA